GGUUUUGAUUGGCUGCGUGUUCAGCAGCAACGCAAAUAGUCGUCGUUUGUUUUUCGUUCACGUUGAUAUUGUGAGUGUGCUGUUGUGCAACAACGAGAAAAAGAUCACGAAACUUCCGUGUGGAUAAGAUACACAUCGAAACAUAAGGAUCAACGGAAAGUGUACAACAGAACUCCGCAUAUGAGCUGUAACUAAUCAGCCUUCGUGGAAUACGAUUGUGAUUGUUACCUGUGUCAAACAGCUCUUAGUGUAAUUCAAUUUCUUAGCCGGGCUGAGUACCAAGUACGUAGCCUUGCACAGAGUUUUGUUUCAACACUUAUGUGUGUCACGCUGCAAGUAUUGCUUGUCCUUAUUCCCCAAAUCAGCAGUAAUAAUCAUGCUAGACGAGAUUUCGGCGGCGGUGAUCUUUUUAGUCCGCCUGAUAGAGAGAAGCGAAAACUUUAACCAAGAACAGUUGGAAGAUUUCAAAACACGUCUGUCACAGUUACUAGUAGAACGUUUUGAAAACCAUUGGUUCCCAGACCAGCCGUGCAAAGGACAAGGUUACCGCUGCAUCAGGGUAAAUGAACGGGACCCCCGGGAUGCUACCUUGGAGCGAGCAGCAAUUGCUUGUGGAUUCAAAUAUGAGGACUUGAAGCUACCAGUAGAGUUAACAGUUUGGGUUGAUCCAAAUGAAGUAUGCUGCAGGUUUGGAGAACACAGGGGAUCAUACUGUACACUGGCAUCAUUUAAUGAUAAAGAAAAUGUAACCACUAUCGAUAAGCAGUUAGGAAAGAUUAGCACCAUUGAGUCUAAACCACAGAUGACUCCGCUGAGUACAAGUAACCAGUACCAGGGCAGUGUGAAGAAAGGCCAUAGCGGAGGCAGUCACAAGCAGAAUAAAUCAGUCUCGAGGCUUAACAAGAGUUGGGGAGGUCAUAAUGGAAACUUCACCUUCCACCACCAUCUUCAGUCAUGGUACAACUUGAUCCCCAAUCACUGGCUGUCACCAUCUCACCCUCCAUAUCUGCUCAGGUCACCAUCUCCCCCUCCAUAUCUGCUCAGGUCACCAUCUCCACCUCCAUAUCUGCUCAGGUCACCCCCUGGAGGAAAAUGGGGUGCUCAUGUACCUGCUCACCGAUACCACUGGCAAAGCAACAACCGUCAUAACCGCAGUCACCACAAGAUUACACUGAAGGUUUAGUUGGCAAGCAGUGGCUUGUAAGGUGCACCACACAGUGGAUGAAAUUUGUAGUUUUAAAUCAUUUUCUGAUGAUAGUAAAUGGAUUAUUAGUUUUCAUAUCUUGGUGAAAAUGGUCAGUUUGUACAGUUCUGUUCUUCCCAUAGCACCAGGUGAGAUAAUUAUAAAGUAUACCAUCUCCUCGUUUUUUUUUUUGUGCUAAUGUUACUAGUGUUUCAAUCACAGGAAAGUGAACAAGGUGCAUUUUACAUCAUCCCUGCUAACUGCUAAUUCAUUGAAAGCAGUUACAUUGUUGCAGCAUUAUAAUGGUGUGAAUGUUCACAAAAUUUUACGCCAUUUUUCUCACUGUUUCUCUGUCUCUAUGAUAGGAACAAAAGUAACAAUGCAGAUGGUAGGCUCUGUGUGUUUUAGUCUUUUGUCAGCUCUUAUUAUUUUUCUUUUUGAUAAGAAUGUGGAAUCAAAGUAACAUGGCAGGGAUCCAUGAGAUUGGGUAUUUUACAUUACUUGAGUAAAGUUGACACACAUUUUCUCAGAUUUGUUACGUGCAAUCACAAUGAUUGCUUGCACACAGAAAUGAAUUGGGCUUUUGCUGGAAGCAGACUUACUUUGAUUCCAUCAUGGAACAAUGAAAUCUUAUUGCAUAGGAUUUCUUACUGUAUGUAAAUUAGUAGCUAAAUUAAACUUGUAAUGUCAUUCUGAAAUGCAUUAUAAUAGUUUCUGUAUGAAGAUUCUGCAUAUUUUAGAAAAUAUGUCUGCCUAAAAGUUGCCAGAAGUAACAUAGCACAGAAGGCGAAAAUAUUUUGUCUUUUUUUGUGGCUGUGAUUACUGUUACAGGCAUACCUGGGUUCAUAAUCAUGCUGUCUCAUUUAAUGUGACUUCCAAACAACAUUUCAUUGUUCAAGUUUUCAUAGUUUUGCUAGUGGUCCUUGAAUCAGUAUUUUCUUUUAUUUACUGCCAAACACUGUUCCUAACUAAACAUGUCAUAGGCUUUGGUCAGUUUAUAUUUUAUUACUUGAGUGUUCUUGCACGUGUGCAUGAUUUUGAAAAUAUGUUCAUGAAAACGUAAUGUUGGAAAACCACAUCAUUCAUUCCUCACAUGAAAUCAUAGCAGCAGUUUACAUGCUUCUGAGAGUUUGACGCCAGUUAUGAUUCAAGGACCACUGUUUAGAGUAUAGUUCAGGUUACCCUUGGCAGUUGGUGGUAGAUGCACAUACAUUCCAGAUAGACCACUUCUUCCAGCUUCUUUUACGUACUUCCCUUAUCUUUGGCCAUAUAUCUUGUGCAUUACAUUAUUUGAUGAGUUAGGUUUAUAUAUUCAGAUUCUGAUCAUUUCAAUUGCAAAUUCUUUUAAGUUUAGACACUUAAUUUGAAGAAUACAUCAUGCCUGCCAUUUGUGAUAACACUGUUAACGUGAUUCAUAUUGGUGUCAAGAAAUGCCAAAGAUGUUUGAAGCAAUUAGCUUAACUUUUAAGAAACUUCAUUCUGGAUGUUUGUUAGCUUUUCAUUGUUUCACUAUGAUUUUGCUUGUGCAUGGCAUGUUGCAUAUGUCAGAAUUAUUAGUCUUAUAUAAUUGGUGUCAGUUUGCAAAUCUGGAAUUGCACAUGUUUUCUGCAUGAUAAUCCAGUGUUUACUGUUUUAACUACAGUGAUCUCUUAAUACAUGUUGAUAAAGUGCAGCAUUUCAGUUUGUUCAUGACCAUAUUACUUCAUGGAUUUUGGCUAUGGGCAUUUCUAGAUGAGAUUCCAAAUUACACUGAUAUUCUGCACCCAUCAUCUCAUGUACAGAUAUAUGAAUAUAUUUGUGAGAUUAAUUUUAUUAGAUUUUAAAUUUGAUUAAUUUAUAUUUUUCAUAUAUGGGUAUAUGCUGUAGCUGUAUGUGUUGUUUAUGUAGUUGUGACCAACCAGUUGAAAAGCCAGGUUGGGGUGUUGCCCUUCUACUUUGAUUUCUCUUAAUAUUGGGGUAUAUCAGUUGCAUACCUAAACUACUCGUGGAUAUCAUAGCACUGAAAAUCAGCGCUGUUGCCAGUUAUGUUCCUUGUGUACAUUAAAUAUUCCAUUGUUUUAAGGUUCUCUUUCCGUGAUUUGGGAGGGGUGUGAAUAUAGUGCAUUAAUUAAAUUAUGGUCUAUAUUUUGUUUUUGUCUGUUGAUUAUAUUAGAGAAUAUAUUAUAAUUGUAUACUAAAAGUAUAACAUUGUGUUAUAUACCAUUUGUUGGUGUAACAUAAAAGGUAAUUUUGCAUCAAAAGA